GGCAACCCUGAGCAGCGCCGUCCAAUCAGCGCUCAGUAUGAAGAUGGCCGCGCUAGCAGUGGAGGAGACCCCUUCAGGGAGAGAUGCUCUCGCCGAGGGUUUGCUGGAUCUCCUGAGUCCCGCUGUACAGCAGCUCGACACACAUGUGCACUCAGUCAGAGAAAGCCAAGUGGAACUCAGGGAACACAUUGAUAAUUUGGCAUCUGAGCUGUGUAGGAUCAACGAACACCAGAAGGUGGCACUAGAUUUAGAUCCAUAUGUGAAAAAACUCCUUAAUGCCAGACGAAGAGUGGUGCUUGUCAACAACAUACUCCAGAAUGCACAGGAGCGUUUGCGAAGGCUGAACCAUAAUGUUGCUAAAGAGACGGCACGCAGGAAGACCAUGCUUGAGGCAUCUGGAGCAUUUACUCCACGCUCUCCCAGCAAACCAUGAUGUCCGAAAUCACACAUUGUGGGAAUGCACCAUUACACUGUGCUCGAUGCCAAGGACUGACGCUGUAGACCUGCAGAAUCUCCUCUUCUCAUUAAAGGACGCUGGGCUAUGCUAAGCACUGCUAACAGAGCACUGCAGCAUUAAUGUCAGUUCACUGGAGAGUAGUCAGGGAGACAGCAGUGUAAAUAUGCACUCAUCUCUUUCUUGAACAUGUUUCUUUUAAAUACAAUAUUUGUCUUUAUGAAUUUAACUGUUGCUGACAAAUGCAAUGCUGUGGAUUUGUUAAUAAUUUGCAGAUGUAGGGUUUGAAUAAUUGUUGUUUAUCAGAACUAUCAGUGAAAAUAUCAAGACUAAUUCACCUGCAAAUAUUCCACUGUCAGUCUUACCAUAUUUGUUCUUGGGUUUAUACUCUGUACAUGUUUUUAUCUAAUCAUUUUCUGUUGCAAAUGUGCUUAAUGUAUUAAAAGGAAUCAUUCACCCAAAACUGAAACUGUACACAUCCUCAGGCCGUCCAAGAUGUGGAUGAGUUUGUUUCUCCAUCAGAACAACUACAUCACUUGUUCACCAGUGGAUCCUCUGCAGUGAAUGGGUGCCGUCAGAAUGAGACUCCAAACAGCUGAUAAAAACAUCACGGUAAUCUACAUCACUCCAGUCAAUCAGUUAACAUCUUGUGAAGUGAAAAACCUGUAUGUUUGUAAGAACUAUCAGCAGUUUGGACUCUGAUUCUGACGGCACCCAUUCACUGCAGAGGAUUCAUUGGUGAGCAAGUAAUCUCUCAUGUUUUUUGUCUUUAGAAUGAUGUGUAACAGAAUUUUCAUUUUUGUGUGCACUUUCCAUUUAAAAAAAAUAUAUAUAGCCACUGAAGACUCCAUUUAUGAGUGUUAGAAUUACUUGAAUAUAAAUCACAGAUCAAGCCAGUACAAGUGUGUAGAUAUAAAUGACAAUUUUAGCAGGGAAAUGAACUUAUCCAGCACCCAGGUAUCCCUGGCAUGGCAUUGCAUUAUUAUUGAAUCAGCAGUUAAAUCAUAGGCAUGCACGUGUUUUAUGUAAAUAGUGUAUGCUUUUGCAAGAGAAUAGGGGAAAGGGCAGAUGAAGGCUGAGAGGGUUAGGACAAGAUUGAAAGGUCAAGGGACAUAAUCUAUCAAGGAGGAAGCUGGAAUCAUAUGAAGGGCCUAAAAGUUACUCUGCUGAUGAGAGAUUAAAGACAGAUUGCUGAAAAUCACUUGACUGCAACAACUAAAAUGAAAGAGUAAAAGCCUUUAGGAGUCGCUCAUGAUGCUCACUGCAUAUGCAAACUUGGCUAAAAGAUGCGCAUGCCACUGUAUGCUGUUCCUAUAAAAUAUAUCUAUUUGUAUCCAUAAGUAGUGAGAAAUCUGAUCGUUUGUAUUUUAUGCUUUGUUUAUUGUUUUAUAAAUCCCAGAUGUUCGAUGUGGACUUCUGGGCACCGUUGUAAAUAUUAGUGCUUCAUUAAAGUCGUCAGUGGGGUUAAAGAAGAAGAA